AUGUUUGUCACGUGCAUAGACAUUGUCUUGAUCGUUUUGAAGCUUCUUAGUUCAACGAACUUCAUUCCUUUCAAAAUCUGGUCAAGCUUUGUGUUCCAACACUUCAAGAUUUGGAACCUGGCUUUGAUACCUUGUGAACCUUCAAGGUCACCUUCAUUCUCAUCGACCAAACGGAGUAGUUCGAUGAGUUUAACAAUGGACAGAGAACCGACAUGGGCACGAUCUCCUUCGUCGUCGGAAGCGAAGGCGGAGGAGGAGCAACCAUAA